AUGGGUUCCCGGCAAGGAAAUAAAGAUUGCUAUGCUUUGGCUCUUCUCAUUGUCGUUUCGUUCUACAUAGUUCAUGCAAAUGGUGAAAAGAUAGGAGUACGCUAUGGAAUGCUUUCAGACAGUUUGCCUUAUCACAAUGAGGAGGUGAAUCUGAUGCAGUCAAACAACAUAGGAAAGGUGAGAUUAUACUUUGCAAGUCAGGACGCCCUGCAGGCCCUGAAGAAUUCUGGAAUCGAAGUGAUUGUGGGAGUUCGCAACGCUGAGCUUCAGACGAUUGCAGAUGACCAGGAUGUAGCGAACAUAUGGGUGAAUGACAACAUUAAACAAUUCUAUCCUUCUGUCAACAUCAAAUACAUUGCAGUGGGAAACGAGGUAUUUUUAAAUAGAACACUCAUUUUGUAUCUCCUGCCUGCAAUGGAAAACAUUCAGAGGGCAUUGAGGAAGGCUGAUUUGCAGAACAACAUCAAGGUCUCCACACCAUACCCAACGUCCGUGUUGAACAACUCGUUUCCUCCGUCUGAGGGAACAUUUGGUGAGGAUAUGAGUGCUAUCCUUAACUUUCUAUCAGAUAAUGGCUCCACUUUCAUGGCCCACGUCUAUCCAUACUUCAGCUACAAAAACUCCGCAGGUUCAAUUUCUGCAGACUAUUCGCUGUUUAGAUCGACAAGUACUGUGGUGACUGAUGGCAAUUUAAUGUAUAACAACUUGUUCGACGUUUUUGUGGACGCUUUUAUAUCUGCUAUGGAAAAGCUGGGACAUUCCAAUAUUCCAAUUGUAAUAACUGAAAGUGGGUGGCCCACUGCAGGCAAUGCCGUGGCUACUGUGGACAAUGCCCGAACUUACAACAACAAUCUCAUCAAGCAUGUUUUGUCAAAUGCAGGAACACCAAAGAGACCUGGAACGACAAUUGAGACAUAUUUUUACACUGUUCAAUGA